CUCCAGAUCCACAGCAUGAUGCCUGAGUGUUUACUCAACAAACUUUUGGGGAGGGGAAGGUCCUCAGCAGUUAUUAACUGGCUGCGAUCUGGACCAGGCUCACAGGUCUCCUCAGUCGUGGGAUGAUUUAACUCCUGACAACAUGUGCAACAGGUAUCUUGGAUUUCUUCUUCUGAUCUGGUGUCCUGGAGAGCUACAUGCACAAAGUGCAACACAGUCCUGCAGUGCUCCCUCACUGGAUGGUGGUAAAUUCUCCCUAAAGCGUGAGACUUAUGCUCAUGGAACGUACGUGACGUACUCCUGCGAUCUUGGACGUAAACCAGCAGUGGAGGGCUGGUGGGCGAGAAGCACAUGUCAGAACGGGACGUGGUCUCCACAACCACGAUGCAUCAUGGAACGAGACUGUAUUCCACCAAAGAUACCCAAUGCAAAGAACACAGAAAGCCUCACCGGUUGGUACGAAAACGGAGACAAAAUUAGGAUCACAUGUGACGAAGCAUAUGAAGUCACGUACUCAUGUACGAAUGGAUUAUGGUCCUCUGUGCCAGUCUGUGAGAGAAGUGCAGAUGCAUGUGAUGCGCCACCUAAAAUACCGCACGCCGUCAUCGUUGAUCACAGACACCAGGAGCUGUUUGCUGCAGAUACACAUCUGCAGUAUGAAUGUGAAGACGGAUAUACUGCAGAGGGAGCAGGCACCGACAAAACCAUUGUGUGCAUAGCUGGAACCUGGACUGAAGGCCCGACGUGCAGCAGUGCAGCCACACCUGGUGCUGGACACGGUGGAUCCACAGAGGGAGCAACAGGUGGCAGUGGGACACAACCUGCAGGCAGAGGAACCACACCAAGUACUGGACAUGGAGGAGGUUCAUCUGACAGCAGUCUACAGCCUGCAGGUGGAGGAUCUUCUACCACCUCUGACUCAAACGGGAGCGACAGCAGACCUUCAUUCUUACCAAUUAACAACUGUGGACGAUACCCAGACGUUCCAUAUGCCGCUGUGGAAGCUGGUCAAAUGAAUUUGAGAUACCGAUGUGAUGAAUAUCACACACUAGUUGGUUUAGACACCGUGGUGUGUCACAGCGAUCGCAGUUGGUCAAAACUACCUGACUGCAAAGAGAAAUCCUGUGUCCUGAAUCCUGCUCGAUAUCCUCUUUUACAACUAUCUGGACUUCAACAUUUAACAGGAGCGUGGAAACGUUUUGACUGUAUUUGGUCUGGUUACUACACUUAUGUUAUGUGUCUUAAUGGAGAGAUAACGGCUGGACGAUGUUGUAAUUACUCUGGACGUUGCCUGUAAAGUACAGCAGAGGAGUUACUGCAGGACCGACAACAAAGACAAAGACCUCCAUCAGAAAACGACGACACCAACCAAACUUUUGUCACAUUUGUUUUGGAUUUUAUCGUUAUUGCUUUUGAAAAAAAUUGCCAGACAAUAAAAAACAGGCUGUGUUGGGA